AUGACAAAAAUUAAAUAUUUCUACGAUUUAAUGUCUCAACCAUCGCGAGCCCUAUGGAUUGCAUUGCAAAUGAGCCGAACUUCAUAUGAAGAUUGUCCGGUGGCAAUUAGAAAAUUGGAACAUCGUUCGGCGCAAUUCAAGAAAAUCAAUCGUUUCCAAAAAGUACCCUGCAUUGUGGAUGGUGAUUUUCAUUUGGGUGAAUCUAUAGCCAUUUUAAGAUAUCUAUCCGACAAAGGCCACAUUGAUGAUCAGUUGUAUUGCAAAGAUUUGCAAAAACGUGCACAAAUUGAUGAAUUUUUAGAAUGGCAACACUUGAGUGUACGUCUCCCUUGUGCAACAUAUUUUCUACAGGUUGGCCUGUAUCCUAUGAUGGGUUUGGCUGAAGUCCCUACAGUUGAAAAAAUGACCGCUCUCCAAAAAGAUAUGGAAACCAAUUUAAAAUUAGUGGAAAAUAUAUGGUUAAAGGAUAAGGAUUUUCUAACGGGUAAUAAAAUGACGGCAGCUGAUCUGUUUGGAGCAUGUGAAAUUGAGCAGAUAAAAAUCUGCAAAUAUAAUGUUUCGGAAAAGUUCCCAAAAAUUUCCGAAUGGUUGUCCAAAGUCCGUCAAGAAUCGAAUCCAUUUUAUGACAACGCACAUAAAUAUGUGAAUAAACUUGCUGGUGUAUAA